AUGACUCCUCUUCCAUUAUCAACAGCACUAGUACAAGGUUGCACCCUCUCCACCACGCCACCCGAAGCAGUGUCGUUGGUUUCCAAAAGAACAAUAAGGUCCUCACCGCCAUCCAUCGAAUUGCCAACUUGUUAUCCUGGCACUACUACUGCCACAACAACAACUACUACUAACAAUACGAAUGGUCCCUCUAGCAGGAUCAGGAUUACCUCCUUUGAAAAUAAUGAGGCUGCAGCAGAAGAUGAUGAUUCUUCGAAUAGCAGCAGUGUACACAGAAACAGCAGAUUGCUGCUGUUGCAAGAAGAAGAAGAACAACAACAACAAGGUAGCUUGAGUCUACUAUUCUCCUCCUUCGCCAAUGACGACUUGACGCCGUCCAUACUGCUCAAUACUACGCAUCACCACCAAUCAUCAGGCUCGCGAACGUCACGUCGUUACCGAAGACAACGAAAUCGAGCCCUUUCGGAUGAGGACUUUUGCUCUAUCAUUGAUGACAUUUAUUUUCAUCGUUAG